GAAGUAACGCAUAUGAAAAGGACUGAAGGCCGAGACGAACAGAAACUGAGACGUCGUCUUCGCUGUCAGCUUGCCUUCUAUUCCAGCAACUUUGAGUGUUGAUCAAGAAUCACGUCACUGUGAGUUGUUGAAUUUUGGGUUUCCGAUCGUCUGAAACUUCAAAGGUGAGGUUUUUCGGGGGAGGAUUCGGGUUGGAGAACUGAUUAGGAUUUUGGUUGAAAAGGGUUUGAAAAAUGAGUGACAAUCUUAUGGAGAAAGUCAGUGCGUUCGGAGAACGCCUGAAGAUCGGAGGAGCAGAAGUGGGGAGGAAGAUGACUGCUGGUAUGAGCUCUAUGAGCUUUAAGAUGAAGGAGCUUUUCCAGGGACCAAACCAGGUUGAUAAGAUUGUCGAGGAUGCGACUGCCGAGACCUUGGAUGAGCCUGAUUGGGCCACCAACCUUGAUCUCUGUGACAUGAUUAAUCAUGAGAAGAUAAACAGUGUUGAUUUGAUUAGGGGAAUCAAGAAGAGGAUCAUGCUGAAUAACCCCAGGGUUCAGUACCUGGCUUUGGUCUUGCUGGAGACUGUUGUGAAGAACUGUGAGAAGGCAUUCUCGGAGGUUGCAGCGGAGAGAGUCUUGGAUGAGAUGGUGAAGCUUAUUGAUGAUCCUCACACUGUCGUAAACAAUCGGAACAAAGCUCUCAUGCUAAUCGAAGCAUGGGGUGAGUCCGCCAAUGAACUGCGGUAUUUGCCUGUUUAUGAAGAAACUUACAAGAGUUUGAAAUCCAGAGGUGUUCGGUUCCCUGGGCGUGAUGAUGAGAGUUUAGCUCCAAUAUUUACUCCACCUCGUUCGGUUGCGGAAUCAGAAUCGAAUACAACUCUAGGACACCAUAUUCACCAGGGCAUUCCAGAGCAAAAUUUUUCAGCAGAGCAAACCAAGGAAGCAUUUGAUAUAGCACGGAACAGUAUUGAGCUGCUCUCAACAGUUUUAUCCUCCUCUCCAGAACAAGAUGUUUUACAGGAUGACUUGACAACAACACUUGUACAGCAGUGCCGCCAAUCCCAAUAUACUGUUCAGACGAUAAUCGAGACAUCUGGUGACAAUGAAGCCUUGCUCUUUGAAGCAUUGAACGUGAAUGAUGAGAUUCAAAAGGUCCUCACUAGAUAUGAGGAGCUUAAGAAGCCUUUUGCAGUCCCACUUGUGCCUGAACCUGCCAUGAUACCUGUUGCCAUUGAGCCUGAUGAAUCCCCACGGCUUGGCAAAGAAGAUGCACUUAUCAGAAAACCUGCCGGUUCUCGAGGUGGUGUCCGGGUUGGUGAGGAUGAUAUGAUGGAUGAUCUUGAUGAGAUGAUAUUCGGCAAGAAAAGUGGGGGCACAUCUGAAGGUGGUCAGGAUCCUAAGAAACAUUCAUCCUCGAAAGAUGAUCUCAUCACUUUCUGAAUUUUAUCCUUACUGUGUGUUUUAUGUUUUAGCCGAAUAUGGGUCAUAUGAUGUGUUGUUGAUAUCAAAAGUUCUCGUAGGUGAUGAAGACUUCCAGAUUGGUGAUGUCUAGGCCGGAUUCAGUUUUAUUUUUUCCUUCAUUAAUGCACAUUUUAUGUAAUUGAUUUACAGUUGACAGUGAUAGUCUAUCACUUGGACAUAAUCUAGAAGAUUUCCAU